UCCCCAGUGUGUCCGCAUCGCGAGAGCACAGAACAAAACCCACCGCACUAUUUAAACACACCCCAACAACCGUAGAUCGCAUCACCCAUCCCCGUCCCCGUCCCCGUCCCCGUCCCCGUCCUCGCGAUCCAAACCCUAGCGGUUUGGAUCUCGAUCCAAUGGCCAUGGCCUCGCCGGCGAGGGAGAAGACGGAGGCGCUGGUGGAGUCGCCGCUCCGCUACUCGCCUCCCAGGGCGGCGAAACCCGACGCCGACGCCGCGUCCGAGGGCUCCUCCGUCUACUCCGGCGACGCCUCUGAUCGCAGGGAUGUGGAUAUCUUGGCUCUAGGGUUCUCGAAUCGAAGCGAAGAGUAUCGUUUUCUCUUUCGCCUCCCCACUGAUGAGGUCCUUGUUCAAGACUUCAACUGCGCUCUCCAAGAAAAUAUCCUUCUUCAGGGUCAUAUGUAUUUGUUUAUUCAUCACAUCUGCUUCUACUCGAACAUUUUUGGGUUUGAGACAAAGAAAACAAUUCCUUUUAAUGAAGUCAGUUGUGUCCGUAAAGCAAAGACAGCUGCAAUUUUUCCUAAUGCCAUAGAAAUUGUUGCUGGAGGGAAGAAGCACUUUUUUGGAUCUUUCUUGUCACGUGAUGAAGCUUAUCGUCUCAUAGUGGAUAAUUGGUCGCAACAUGGCAGUAAUGCUAGAAACUUCCUUGAUCGCCAGGAAUCAAAGUUGGACGGAAGCAGUCAAGAGUCUCUUGAAAAUGCAAGUAUAUUAUUGGAAGGAGCAAAAGAAUCUAAACAACUUGAGGAUGCUCCAUCAUCCUCAUACAGGUAUAAGGAUGCAGAUAUUUCCGAAUGUAAAUCUCUGGCAGAUGGUAAUAGUGACAGCGAUGUAAGCAAAAAGGUUGUGGAAGUCCUGGAGAAUGGGAAGGAAGAAACUACUGAAGGCUCAUCUCCUCUAAGUCCUGCCACUUGGCGGCUUGAAGAUAGUGAUGUUCCUGAUGUGCCUGAGUGUUUCACGUUGGUUGCAGAGGCAAAGUUUCCGGUCCGCAUGGAAGAUUUCUUUAAUCUAUUUCUCUCUGAUGAGUCUGUUAACUUUCUUGAUGACUACCACAAAAGAUGCGGCGACAAAGAAUUUCGCUGCACUCCAUGGCGUCAGGACGAGCAGUUUGGAUAUGUUCGUGAUGUAUCAUUUCUGCAUCCAAUUAAAAUAUAUCUUGGUGCAAAAUUUGGUAACUGUCAGGAGCUUCAGAAAUGUCAUGUGUAUAGGAACAGCCACAUUGUAAUCGUGACAUCUCAGCAAAUUAGCGACGCGCCUUAUUCUGAUCACUUUUGUGUUGAGGGGAUAUGGGAUGUUGAGCAGAUUGAGCAAAAUUGUUGCGCUCUCAGGGUCUAUUCGAAUGUGGCAUUCUCCAAGAAAACUAUUUUUAAAGGAAAAAUAGAGCAGUCAACAAAAGAUGAAUGCCGGGAAGUUUAUGCAAUUUGGAUCAAGAUUGCUCAUGAAGUAUUGAAGAAGAAGAACAUAGGUGAAACAAAAGGAUCUAUUAAUCAGAACAGAGUAACCACAUAUAGCACUGCUGAGUCAGGAAGUCUUUCGAAGGUUGAAAGAUCUCCAGAGAAGAUAUAUCCUUCGGUGAACCCUUCAUGCAUUUCUAAUGAUGUUCCUGAUGCAAAGAAUGGGGUUCCAUCUACCGACAAGCAAGUGCAAGAGAAUCUGGGAUUCUUUUCAUAUAUAGCAUCCAUUGUGGGAGAAAUAUGGGCCAGAUAUCUUUCCUCUUCCAAAGCAAGUCACGGUCCUCUGAUUUUAGUAACAGCUUUUUUUGCACUCCUUAUUCUAAUGCAGAUAAGCAUUAUUAUCCUGCUGAUUAGAUCCCCUAAAGUCCACCUCGUUACACAUGGGAAUCAUAUGAGCAAUCUUGGUAAUUACGAUAGUCCAGAGAGCAUAGUCUGGUUGGAGAAGCGAUUUAAAUUCCUGAAAGAGGAAAUGCACUUGCUAGAGACUCAUAUGGAGAGAGUUCAGUUUGAGUAUGCUUGGUUGAAGGCACACCUGGAAAACUUGGAGAGGCUGAAGGCAAACUCAUGACUAUAGCCAAAUCCUUGAAUUGGUUAAAAACCAUUGCAAGGAAGAAACAUUGGACACGUCCUCACUAUUAGAGGAUGAGCCACAUCAAGAGGUUUGUUCACAGGGACCAGCCAAUGUUAUCAUACAGCUCGUGAGGUAAUUUCUUUUGUGUAUGGUAUAGUGUAUCUAAAGUAACUAGAGGUUCAAUAGAAUGGGUUUCAAUGCAUGUACAGGUAUCAUGAUAUUAGCUCUUUAAGUUGUGUCAUUUAUUUGUCCUACUGAAUUAGAAGUCUAAAAGUUAAUCUACACAAGAGGAAUAGGGGAUGUAUUAUGUGCGCAAAGUGUUAAUCCAGCUACUAACACACAAACUGAGGGUCCAGUAAGUUACACCGGAUGCUGGCUGUGCAGACUUUAAACUCGUAAAAACACAACAAUGAUUAACCUUCUAAUGGCUAAUACAGAUUAUGUGCAUCAACGUUUCAGAGGAACUCUCUUCAUGUAGGGCUUAAAAAGUUUUUUAGGGAUGUACUCAGAUAACAGAGUUGUUAGAAAGAUCUGCUUUGUUACUAUUCCCUUGAAAAACAUAAAAGAGCAUUCCCCGUUGCAAUUAAGCCUUUUCAAUCUUAAUGUGGGAUCGUCUGUAUUUUCAGAUUUAUUUUUAGAAAAUUGUACUUAAUAGUUGGUGCUCCUAAA